ACUAUAUGAACAGGUCUGCAUUAGCAGCCCAUGACGCGGCUGCACUACAGGUGCCGGCUCAGAGCUGCUACUGCUGCUCACAUUGCUCCCUCCCUCCACACUCAACACCAUUGCUACCAACUACUGCUCAGAUAAAGCAAGAGAUAAUUCCUAAGAAAAUGGGUCUUCUCACAGCUGCAGCCAUCGCAACCGUCAGUGCAGGCGGUGCCGUGGUUGCAGCCCCUGUCAUUCUGGGAGUCGUGGGCUUCGGCUCAGCCGGAAUAGCUGCAUCAUCCUAUGCUGCAGCCUGGAUGUCAAGUGCUGCGAUUGCCAACGGAGGAGGGGUGGCAGCAGGAAGUUUAUUCGCUGUCUUGCAGUCAGCAGGUAUGGCUGGUCUGUCGACAGCUGCCACUGCAGCUGUGGCCGGCACUGGAGGCACUGUUGGAGGACUUGUUGCAGCUGUGCUCAUCUGAGAAGAAGCAUAAAAGCCAUGAAGGAAUAAGCAUGAAGAAUUUGUAAUUCGAAAACAGCCAUUACGUCUGUUAAUGUAGGGGAUGAGUCACUGAACUUAUGUUCUUUACAUGUCUGUAAAGCACAUUUUCAUUGUGUUCUUUCUUACCUUAAAAUAAAUGCAUCUAAAA